CCUCUCAACCACAUCGCCAUGGACGACACAGGACAGCUCAAGUCGGCGGUGUACCUCAUGGUGGCGCGGAUGGUGGAACAGAAGUUGCCUGCUCAGGUGGGUGCUUCGCCCACCUACAUUGCCACCUUGGUAGAGUUGGUGUACAACCAGCUUAUUAUCCUCGGAGAGGACCUCGAGAUGUUUGCUCACCACGCAGGCAGGACCACGGUAGAGCCCAAGGACAUGUACAUGGCGGUGCGCAAGAACGAGUCGUUGACGCGGGUGUUGCGGGCCGUGGAAGAGGCCAUGGGGCAAGCUGAGUAG